AAAAGUUUUGGGGUAUAUCUUUAGAUUUUGCGGUGCGAAUUUGACGGUUUCUUCUUUUUCUUCUUUAGAUCAAAAAGUAUUCACGGAGCUGCCACGACCGUCGCUAGUAUCCCACGGCGUCUGGUUGCCUGACCCUCGUUUGAGAGUCGCGCUCCGGAGAUUGAAAUCCUUGAUAGGAAGUUUUGCACCUUUUUCUCUGUGGGUGUUAAAUGCUGAAUGAUUGGAGACAAUUCUUUUUUGCUGUUGAUAAUGGUGAUGGAGGGGCUGGUUGAGGGCUUCUCUGGACCUGGAUUAUCAUGAAUUACGAUUGAUUGCUGUGAUUUUGCUGCCAAGUGCUGCGAUUGCUCUGCUAUCAAUCAAGUCAUUGCCGUCAAGAUGUGAUUUGCAAUGUUUGUUGAUGUGGGCUUCUCGUGGUGUCGUUGGCAUUCGUGAUCUGUGAUCCAGGCCCGGGCUGCCCAACUUCCCUCACUGUGAUGAUUCUUGAACACUGGCUGCUGUACGUGCAUUUCAACGCGACUCUUAUCUGGUCCCUACGCUCUGGUUUAUUUUUGUGUUCGUCACUGGCAUCUCGACGUCUCAGAAUCGUCCCAGCUCAGUCCCUCAUGUGGUCGCGUCUCCCGCUUCCUCACCGACGACGUAGGAAUGCUUCUCAAUAUACCCCCAUUCCCGAACCAAGACACCACAACAUAGCUCGGGACGGCCGUCCAAAUCACUCAGGCGUGGGAGGUAAGAGUUUCAAAUCAGAGAUGGGUGACCGAGUGAUUCUGUUCUGGCAUAUAAGCCACGAUACACGACCACCAUGGCGAGCUCUUGUUCGCCUUUUUCUUUCCUCAAGGUUUGGAUCAUUCAACCGUAGUCGCUCUCUGUGUUUUUUUGUUUUUCUUGACAGACACCCUCUUUUGACUUAAGUCACUCUUUUUGACUUGUUCUUCUACUACUACACUUCUUUUAGACUCUUUAAAUUCAUCGUCGUCAUGUCUGAGUGGAUAGGCACCGACGGACUAUACUCCGCCUCUCUCCUCUCCUGCGACCCCCCCGAGCCUACUUUUACCCGUGAAUGGGCCGUCAAUUUUAUCGCUGUUGACGCGAGCUCUUCCUGGGAUGCUACUUAUACGAUUAUGCAAGAGUUCACUGGCGAUGCCAACCUCUGGUCUAUCCCCGAGAGCGGGAUCCCCCCCAACUUUGUCCAGACUGCCGUCAAGUGUGCCGGGUGCGCCGAGCCGACUGUUACGAUCACUUGCCCGAAUGUUUUGGGGACAGAGGCUGCUGUUGUGGUGGGCAAUGGUGUUUGGGCUACUGUUGCGCCUGAGGCUGGUGCUGCGGUGAAUGGUGAGCCGGGACGGGUUGCGGCUGUUUGGGGUGGUGAAUGGGCAGGGGAUGGUGAUUGGGAGCUUGUGGCUUCUGGGGAGGGGCCUGACUUUGGGUUGAGCGGUAGUCUCUUGGGUGAGUCUGGGGAUGGGAAUGGGGAGGAGGCUGUUGUUGAGGGUGGUGGUGCGUCGGCUGCUGGUGUUGCUGCUGCCCCGGCGGGGAUUAAUGUGCCUACUGGGACGGAGGAGAAGGUUGCUUUUGCUACUGCUGGAGCGGGGAGCUUGACGCUCAAGAGGGGGUUGAUGUGGGGGCUUGCUUUGGGGUUGGUGGCUUUCUUCUAG